UCAACAACAUGAUUCAGCAGGGACUAGUGUCAUCACGCAUUUUCAGUUUUUAUCUAAAUAGAAACGCUUCAGCCGAUUUCGGUGGUAAAUUGGUACUCGGUGGUUCCGAGCCUGCUUAUUACGAAGGAGGUUUUACAUAUGUUCCUGUUACUCGCAGAGGAUACUGGCAAUUUACCAUUAAUAAUAUCCAACUAAAUAAUUUUACUUGGUGCGAGAAAAGCUGCCAGGUUAUUAUUGACAUAAGUACGUGGAAAAUAAUUGGACCAGAAAACGAUGUUUCACUUAUUAAUCGACUUAUUGAAACUAAUUCACAGGGAAGUGUGAAUUGCAAUAGAAUUUUUCAUUUGCCUACAAUCACAUUUAAUUUGGGUGGUAAGGCGUUCGAUCUUACCGAUAGAGAUUAUAUCAUUCGGCAUCCAAAUGAUAAAAGUAUAUGUAUAACCGUCUUCUGGAAACAUGACUCAACAUAUAAAGAUGUAGAAUGGAUUCUGGGGGUGCCAUUUAUGGGCCGUUAUUACACCGAAUUUAAUAUGGAGAAAGACCGAUUGGGAUUUGCUUUGGCGAAAAAAAUAUAGAAAAUUUCAUCAAAAUGUAUAGAAAAUCUUUCAUUGUCACCUUUUAUUAUAUACUUUCUCAUUACUUUUUAAAUUAUUUGUUUAGUUUUUAGUAAGAAAGAAAUGUA